AUGCAACUCACACAACUCCUUACUGCCGCGCUCCUCCCGGCGAGCAUUCUGGCGGCCAAGGCAACGGCGGCAACCCCCGACGACGUCCACGACGGCUAUGUUCUCUUUCCGGGCACCGAAUGCGCCAUUGUCGACACCUCUGCGACGAAUUGCCGGACAGGGCCGGGCACGAAAUACCCGGUUGUCACGCAAUUGGCCAAGGGGACAAUUGGGUCAUUUAGCUGUGUCAAGACGGGAGAAUGUGUCACGAUUGACGGGUUUCAAAAUUGCGGGUGGCAUCUGGUCCACUACAAGGGAUAUACGUGUUAUGUGAGCGGCCAAUACACUGAUGAGAAUUGCACACUUGUUGUGCAGAACGGCUGGGGCUUGGAUCCACUCUUCUUCCCCGACUUCCUCGAUUGA